CCUGUAUGCUGGCUGGCUGGCUGACAGUGGUAGAACUACAUACUAGAGAUACUACUGUAGGUAGACUCUGAGAUGGCAAAGAAUGGAUACCGGUACUGGGGGGUGUUCAAAGUAUGGUAGUUUAAGAAGAUACUACUAUAGUAUAAACCCCUGGAGCUUCACGAGUGGUUCAGUUCUCUCCACUCCACCUCUCUAACUGGUGCAGAACGGCCCAACACCGCUGCAGGCGACCUGCGCCCAAACCACCCAAGCAAACGGAGACCACACAGCUUCCACCACAUGCGAAAUGUCCCCAUUCGUGAGUGACAUGUGGCAUCGCCCACAACCGACCGUCUGGGGAUGUCGUUCCACAACAGCCGGUACCUAGUAAAGCGCUGGUACUCACUGGUACUAGCGGCCUUUUUUUUGCCUUACUCCAUGCUGGUCUUAAACGUCUUGAGAUAUCCAUACAUCAACGAUGGAGGGGGAGCCCCCUUUGCAUUCUCCAGCCUGUUUUUAUAUUAUCAAACUCAUUCCUCAAAUCGCAACUCUUCUAUUCUAGGUUGCAUCAAGAAAGCAAGCAUUGCUAUCAAAACAAUCUUAAACAUCGCAUACAAAUCAUAUUACCUACCUACCUACCUACCUACUUACCUAGGAAAAAAUUCAACAAAAAUGGCUGCUGCUAGAUAUUCACCCGAUAACCUGUCGCGGAGGGAGGCAUCUCCAAGACCCAAGAACGCUGAAAGGCGGCGGCCCCGCUUGCUCCGGGCCUGUGCCACGGAACCUUCCAUCACCACAUCCAACGCCUGCAAGGGCGUCCUGACGGCCCCUAACACAAGCCGGAGGGCGACCGACUUGCUCAGCCGCGUCGCCAUUUCCAAUGCCAGCUCUUCACCGCCGUCGGCGCGCAACUAUGGCAUAGACUCGGCUGAAGGUCGCGACUCCCACUUAUCACAAUCCGAAACUUCACGCUCAGCUUGCUACUUCAGCUUCCCCAGCUUCGAUGCAUGGGAAGUGGGCGAGCAUCCCGAUGAGGAGAAGACCGAGAGGGCGCCGUAAUCCCGCGACCUUUGGAAAUAUAAAGAAAAAAAAGAUAGAAAAAAAAAAACAAAAAGAGAUAGAGAGGGAGGCAGAGAGAUGCCUCGUGUGCCAGAAGGAGAAAGGAGAGGAAGAAACUGGAACGAUGGGCGUUGAGCUAGUUGAGAGCUGCGAGAGGCACGGAAUUCGCCGAGAUCCCCCGAGAAAUUCUUUUCCUUAUUCACG